GAGAAGCGCACAAUUGGUGAACCAAUUCCGCGAAUCGUUUCAUACAAAGACGUGGAAGAAGAGCCCGAACCAGAGUCUUUCUCUCUCCAUUCACUCAUUCGGAACUACUAUAUUCCAUUCAUUAAUAAGAAAUUUGUAAAGAUAGGAGUAUUAUGUGGCUCAUUGACUCUGUUAGUGUUGGCUUUAUGUGGAAUGCGGCGGGCGGCGAUUGGACUCGAACUCAGCGAUGUUCUGCCAGAACACACUGCGCCAGCCAAGUUCCUUCAAGCAAGAGAUAAAUACUUUAGUUUCUAUCCAAUGUUUGCUGUGAUCAAAGGACCGAAUAUUGAUUACGCCGUACAACAACAACGAAUCGAUAAAUAUCGUAGAGCUAUAGCGUCAUCCAAAUACGUGAUAAAAACGAAGUCGGGUGAACCAUCGGAGAAAUACUGGCUAGGAAUGAUGCGGGAUUGGUUGGCUAGCAUACAGAAAGCAUAUGAUGACGAAAUGGCUCUGGGAAAGUAA